UCAUGUGCACACUAAGAGGACAUGGUGCUGCAUUGGGAAACCUGAGAAUUUUCCCGGAGGUGAGACCAGACUGGUUAUAUACAGAGACAGACAGAGACAGAGGACAGAGGCACAGAGUGAGAGGAACGCCUUGUUCAUCUGGAUUUAUCUGAACUCACCUGGCCUACAGGACCAACGAGGACUUAUCUGGAUCUUCUGGACGCAACCAUGAUGCUGUGGCUGCUGCUGUCCGUGGCCCUGUGUGUAAGUGGGAUGCCCCGCCUGCCCUCCUUGCCUCCUCUGCCCAUGGAAGAUGGUUGCCUGGUGGUGUCCCCAGAGGUGAAGCUGUUCCGUGUGGAGGGUGAGGCGGUGAUACUGUCCUUUCCAUUCUUCCACAGUGUCCUUAAAGCACACCGGAUGUCCCUGUCUGGAGCCUCUGUCCUCAUCUCAAAAGUCAACCACACCAAAAACUCCGCCCACAACACGACUUAUAAUCCUGCCCCCAAGGACACCAACAGCUCCGCCCACAACAUGACCUCUAGCCCCGUCCGUGACACAGAGGGGCGUGUCUUGCAGCAGGGAGCACAGCUGUGGCUCCUUCCAGCUCAGGAAUCUGACUCGGGACAGUACACCUGCACAUACAGGUCUGAGAGGUUUUGUGUGAGAGGACGCCUCAAUCUGCAGGUGUACUCGUCCCCUUCUAUGCACAUUGACAAACUCAGGUACUCCAUCAGACUCUCUGAGGGGGAGAGCCUGUUCUUCAGAUGUCCCUCUCUCAGCGUCUUCAACCACACGGAGACACACAUCCACUGGGAUAAGGUCUCCGGUGCUCGGGGCCCCUUUGACUCCACUAGGGGCUUCUUGAUGAUCCAGGAGGUGCACAGGGAGCACUCAGGUCUGUACAGAUGCCAGGCCACGGUGGUCCUGAAGCAGAGAGAGUACAGAGUCAGCAGAGCUCUCCUCAUCACUGUACAAGAAAACCCAAGACCUCUGCCCUCUGACCUCCCCAUGACCCCCGACCCCCGGCCGAUCACCACAGAAAUAUCUCCAGAACCUGCUCCUCCAAAAAUCCUUUCUCCACUUAAUGGAACCAUCUUUGAAAAUUCUCAUGGCUCAGGCAUGGAGCUCUUCUGCACUGUGCUCACAGACUGUCCAACGGCAGAGUCCACAGAGGUCACAUGGCUGGUGAAUGGCCAAUCGGUGGAGUCCUCGUACCUGAAUGGGCGAGCUCUGCAGGGGGGCAUGAGGGUGGGACGGGUGGCAGAGGGCUGCCACGUGGAGCUCCUCCUCAUGAUCCUGGAGAUGAGAGAGAGAGACACGGAGGUGGAGCUAAAGUGUGUUGCUCAGAACCAACAUGGCCGACAGGAAGUGGACGUGCGGCUGCAGCUGGAGGACUCCACUCAUACAUGGCUGGUGGUGUUUGGGGUGGCCAUCCUCUGCCUCCUCUCUGUGCUCUCGGUCUUCCUCUGCGUCAUCUUCAAACCCAGAUCGAGCCGGACCAAACUGGACUACACACUGGCCAACCGGCACAGCAGCUCCUGCCUCUCCUCUGACCUGAGCUAAAACAUCACUCACCAAUCUGAAGAAAUGUGUCUCCAUGGUAGAGUUAAACAAUUUGGGAAAACAAUCCAACUACAAUUUUUCGGACAAGCUACGAUUGUGAUUAGAUUUACGCUUUAUGUUUUAAUAUUAUGAUUCUGUUCAAAAUUCACUUUUAAACACGUCCAGAACAAUUGACAGAAAGAUGGAAAUAUCAACUGACAAAUACAAGAAUCACAUUAUAGAACAUGUUUGUACAGAUCUAAACUACAGGGUUAGAAUUUUGUAUGCAGAAUAAUGUUUGUAUAAUAGGUCUGCUUCAAUGCUAUACCAUGGGACACUCCAGAUAAAGCAAUAAUAUCUCCAUGGAGACGAGCAGUUGGCAGAUUCUCCACCAGAAAAAUUACAUGGUGUACCUUUAAUCCUGUGCAGCUAUUUCACAUGAAUGUAAGAAGAACUCCUGUCUGAUUAAAAAUGUAAAAAAUAAAUAAAUAAAUAACAUAUAUUGUUUUACAGUGGAGAUAUUGGAUUCAUGAAAUGUCGUUGCU